UGUGUCUAUAACAUUGUGCUUCGCUCAAGGUCUGACUAAUUAAGUACCGUCUUUCUUUUUUAUUGUUAUUAGUCAAUAGAAAGAUUAAGUAAUUUCAAUAUAACUCAAAAAUAAAGGCGAAAAGGGAUUUUAAAAAUAUAAUAAAAUAUAUAUUAAUAUAUUAUAUUAAAUGGGUGUGCCAAAGAAUAAAAGCGUUUGAGAUGAAUACGCGACUACCUGAAUAGCACAACGUCAGGUACAACAUUCUACCUGUGGGCUACUCUCUGAGCUUAUUCUACUAAACGAUCGAACGGCCUAUAAAACCUGGUGACACGGCCAACUCUACUCACAAUAAAUUUCACAGUCAUUGGAAAUUGACGGUAGACUAAACGAAAAAACUACAAAAUAUAUUGACUAAAAUAUUAUUACAAAAUAUGGACUUCUUGCUACCGAUUCUUUCCGAGGAUCAACUCGCAGCUGAGAUCGCAUUACUUAAUAAAGCCACAAAGCCCGAAGAAAUACAAAAAUUGGUAGAUAGUUGGUUGAAUAAGUAUCUACCGCAAUUGGAGCCUUGCGAACUCAAUCCUGUAGUGCAAGAUAUUCUUAGAACCAAAUCCACAUUAUCGGAGAAAAUGCAUCAUCUUUCCAGAGUAUAUAGAAGAUUGAAGCAGCAACAAAGAAUCAUCGCGCUAAGUACUGUGUUAUCAAAACGCGCAACUAACCAGUUAAUAAGCUCCACGAGUGACCUAUACACGACGCAUGGUAGGUCAAGUACAAGCAGUUUCAAUUUCACAGCAUCCCCUGUGUGUUCAAACGCAAAGCAAAACACGCGCUGUGAUAGCAAUUACCGCGCUGAUCCACGUAAGCGUGUUCUGUGGGAAAUGAGGCAAGAAACUGUAAAUCAAAGCGAGAUCUCAACAGAAACGCAAUCCGGAAAUAAUGUAAAGCCUAUGGAUGCUUCCGUGAAAGCUCAAAUGAACGCUGUAUCUGAAAAUAAUACUUAUAAUGUUGCUAACAGCAGUACCAUCAAAAAUGUAGCAAUUGGCGGAGUGGAAGCCCAAUCAAUCAGAGGCAUGGAUGGCACAACUAUGCAAAUGCCGAUCUUGAUCAAUGAUAUCGGCAGUACGAACAGAAUGGAGAAUAAUCUCGCUUCCAGUACAAGUACAUCACCUCCCGUGACAACUACAACGAUAUCGGAAAAUAUCAUUAAUAAUGUUGUUGACAGCAGCAACAUCAGAAAUGUAGUAAACGAUGGUGAAGAAAUCCAAUCGAUCAGUACCAUGGAAGGCAUUGAAUCUGUAGCUGCAUAUGAAACUGUUGCUACGAGUACUGAAAGUGGCAUCAGCAUUUCGAAUACCGUGGAUACUGAUCGCGCUACCAGCACGAGUACACCAACCCUUGCAUCCUCACCAUUCGUAACAAGUUCAACGCCUAUGCAAAUACCGAUCUUGAUUAAUGAUAUCGGAAUCUCGAGUGCCGCAGAGAAUGAUCGCGCUGCCAGUACAGGUACACCAACACCAAUUUCACCGCCCCGAGCAAGUUCAACACCUAUGCGAGGUCCACAUUUACCCACUAUUGAUAACGGUGUUUACACAGUUAUUGGUCCGAAUGGCACAAAAGUUCCCACCAGAAAAUUCCAAACCAUAUCAUUUGAGGCUCCGUCCACGGCCACGCGCAUAUUGCUUUGUUUAGUCUUCUCGGAAGAGAUACUGGCGAAAAAUACACUUAGCGGCAAGCCGUCACCAGCAUUUGUGGGUCGUGAGCGUCCACCUAAGGGUCAAUUGAAUCCGGACAAGGUUUCGGAUAUCAUACAUUGUGUUAAAUUACACACUCCUUUCACUGAAAAGAGUAUUCGCAGCAUAAUCACCACAAAAUGUGCAGAUAGCACAAAGAAGCUUAGACGACUCAGUAAGACUUAGAAACUCACUGACUGAAUUGAUAAAUGUAGCAGAAGCACGAAUAGCAAGCCACGGAGGCACGUUUACCACAAAUAAUGUAAUAUAUAUAUUUUUAAAAUUUUAUGAAGUUCAAAUAUUUAUAAUAUUUAGAAUCUGAUUUGUAUUAUAUUAUAUUUUAUGUGAUGAUAAUAUGAUUUAUGUACAUACUUAUAUGUAGAUAUAGUUCCAAUGGUAUUUUAUAUAAGUUUUGUAUACAUCUAUGUUAAUAUUCUUACACUGUAAUUAUUUUAUGUAUAUUUAAAGAUUUUAGUAUUUCGUUUCAACAAAAAAAAAUAUACGGCUCUGCUUGAGCAAAAAAAAAAUCUCAGUUUUUUAGUCGAGUUUUCGCAGCUCUGCGAUUGUAUUCGUAGCGGCUAAUGACGGUAGAUCUUCUACAGCUUACAAACAAGAUGAAAUUAUUACAAAAAUCUCGAUUUAUUUGUGUGGAUAUAAAAUUAUAUUAUUCUGAUUAGCUUGUCGAAGUGCUUCGAUUUAACCAUAUCCGUCUAUCUGUCUGUAUAUUGUCCUCCAUUUUUCUUCCCAAGUAGCUGCUUAUUUGUCGGAAUCCCCAAUCA